GGCCGGCCGGCCGGCGGCAGUCAGCAGUCGCAAUCAGUCGGGGACGGCCACGAGUCGAGAGCGGUCAGCUGCGCUCCCGGCGGACGCACGGGUCCGUCGGAGCCCACUCAGCCGGCAUUAUGACCGGUACGACGCCGCUGCGCCGCGGCCCCCUGAAGGUGGCCGUCGGGGCCGCUAUGCUGGUCACCUUCAUGCUGCUGGUGGCUCAACACUCAUGGCACCACCCUCCUGAAGAAUCUCUCACCCCUGCGGUACAGCUUCCUGAGCUAUCGCCAAACGCAGAGUCGAUGGUGAAGCCACCGGCCCUGCCGCCAGCACCGGACGACGACACGGCGAUGACCGUGGCCCUGUUUCGCUACAUCGAAAACCCGGAGGCCUGCUGCCGAAAGCUAACCAUGUUCGGCGGCACUCUGGCGGGCGGUAAGAAGAUCGACGGCGACAAGUUUGUGUGUCUGGACGCGGAGCACGCGCCGCCACCGGGGGCCUGUCUCGUCUACUCGGUGGGAAUCUCGAACGAGUGGAGCUUCGACCGGCAGAUGACCAGCUACGGCUGCGAGCUGCACUGCUUCGACCCGUCCAUGAAGUCGUACAACCGAAACGUGACCGAGUUCGGCGCGCGGUUCUACAAGAUCGGCCUGAGCGGCCGGACCGAGGUGCGGCCGAACGGCUGGCAUAUGAUGACGCUGACGGACAUCAGGCAGAAGCUGGGCCACUCGGAGCGCGACAUCCACUACCUGAAGGUGGACAUCGAGGGCAGCGAGUGGUCCUGGCUGGAGAACGACCCGCAGAGUCUGCGCGGCGUCCACCAGCUGGGCAUGGAGGUGCACAUGACACUCAAACCGGCCAGCCUGCGCAGACACUACGCCGUCUUCAGGGCCAUCCAGCAGGAGGGAUUCGCGCUGGUGCACGUCAACGCCAACCGGGUGUACGGCCGGCAGUCCAAGCUGCCGGGCGUACAGGACAAGGUCAGCAGCCUCUACGAACUGGUGUGGGUGAGGGUCAAGUGAGGUCGCCGCUCGGUCGGCGCUUGGCCCGGUACAAGGUCGAUCGGAUGGCGAGUGUGAUUUUGUGGUUGUAGGUAAAACAGCGUAUGAUGUACGGACAUGAUGUUGCAUAGGUAUAUGUGAUGUGCAUGGUUUACGGGACGUGAUGUGCGUGGUGGUUGUGAUGCAUGAUUGUUAUGUUAGGACUUUUUUUCGACAGAGGGUUCUCAAAUGCAUCAAGAUGUCGAACGCAGCUUUGGAGGUUAGAAUCGAUCAUUAUUGGCAUUCAUUAACUUCAUUCGACAUUCGUACAUCAGUUCAAAACUGCUGCGCUUUUUUGCCGUGGCAUGAUUGACGCUGCCACACUGCUUAGCUCCUGCUCACUGCUCAGUAGCCCAGGUGUAGGUAGAAAGUCUCCGAGGAACACACAGUGGCGUUAUCGGUCAUUGUUUUAGUCAAUAUUUGCUCGCUGUUUUAUUUGCUGAUAACUAACUUAAGUCAGUUAAAUGCCCAUCGUUAAACAUUAAGGCUACAAGCUGUUGUUUUGAAUUGAACUUUUUAUGUGUGCUUUUUAUUGGAUAGGAUGUGUGAACAUAUAAUCGUUUACAAAACUUAAUUUAUCAAAAUGUAAUACGCGACAUGCAAUGCAAUGAGCAUCAAUAAACAUAAAUGUCCGCCUGAUAGGUC